CAUGGUUCAUACAGUACAAUAUUUGACGACCUGAAUGCCAUUGAAUCCAUCUCCAUGUCGCUGUUCAAUAAAAGGGUGGCAGAAAACAAAAGAGAAUGGUAUACGUCGCAAUCCGGGGCAUAUCGAACAUGAUUUAAAGAAGCCACCUAGGCUUAACCGCUUAACCCGGCUCUCUCAUUCCACCAGGGGUUGAUUAAGAUCAUCUCAUCAUCUCAUUUCAGCGUACGUCCGAAAUGGUCGAGGGGCAAAAGUCAUCAGACAAGGGGAAAGGCCCAGACAUUGGAGAUGGACCUCGCGAGGACAACGGACCUGAAGCGUCUCAACCGAACAGCACGAUUCUCGACAAUAUCCGGUCGUCUCUGAGGCGCAAGGAUGACACCUCCAGGUUCGUGGGGUUGACCAUGCUCAGGGCUUUCCUCGACUCGUCAUCCGAGCUUCGGAGUGAUCCUGAUAUCCUCCUCUCACUUUGGGAAGCCAUUUCUCCCAAAUUCCUGGAUCGCCUCAUCAAAUCUAAGAACGUCCAGGGACAGGGCGAUAAGUCCACGUACCCUACGUUAGACCUAGGAGUGUUGGUCAUUCACAGGUUUACGCUAUUGCUCCCCGAGCAGGCCAAGAGAAGCGACGGGCUCGUAGGGAGAAUCCCAACAUUGGUGGAUGCCGUUCUACGUAGCUCCGAAGAAACGACUCAGCGCAUUGUACAGACAUUACUCGAACUCGUCACCUUCCAUGAAGGGUCUGCUGCGCUGAUAAGCGUCUCUGACCUGAGCCCCUUGGUUGAGGUUGCACCGAGCCAGCGCCUGGUCCUUAGUAUCUUCGAUCGUGCGUGGCUCAACUGCAUGGCCGCCGGUCAUGGCAAGACGCCCCUCACAGGGAGUAUCGACCAGACCAUCCAAGGACUUGUAUCCGCCUUCAAAGGCACCGACGGCGUAACUUUUCUUCAGUUCCUCGGAGACUUCCUUCGAAAAUCCCAACCAGAGGCACUGCCUCCCCAUCCGAGAUGGAUCCAAUCUGUUGUCCAACUCGUCCGGAAUCUCCUGACGAGCAGACCCAAUCCAGCUGCCCGAAACGCUUAUACCCUCGUCUCCGCCUCCCUGCUCGAGGUCUACCCCGCCGACGCGUCUCGGCUUCUCUUCACCACGGAUGUCAAGGAUGACAAGCCCUUCGCUUACCUGCUCAUCACCUUGAUUCUCACAGACAUUCGGGCAACCAUCCCCCGUCUGCUCUCUCUCCUCAACGAUCCCAGCUAUCCCGACACGGCAAAACAAAUAGGCUCGGCCUUCGACAUUGUCACCCAUUUCGUCGGUUAUCUCGUCAGGUCCAUAGACGCCUUAGUAAACGAGGAUACCGAGAAUGAGGACAUGUCUAUCAUGCUGCCGGCCGAAUUCCUUUUGAAGAUCAGGACAAACAUCACGGAGACCAUGUCACUGACCAUUGAGUUCCUCCGGGACAGGUGGGACGCCUCGGUUGCCGGCGCCAUGGGCCUGCACCCUGACGCACGUCCCGGCGCCGCCGAGCACUGGAAAGGCUACCUUCCCAUUUCCUGGGAGUCGACUCGGGACGUUGUCGACAACGACCCUCUGAUCCUUGCCGCCAUACGGGCCCUUGCCCUCUGGCUCCGCGAAGAUGACAACAAGCAGCUGCGCAAGGAGUCUGCGGGCCUGACGGACCUGUUCCUGGACCUCUACGAGAGUAGCAGCAGCAGCAGCAGCAGCAGCAGCGACAGUAACAACAACGACAACAGUAUCACUGCGGAUCGCCUCGACUUCCGUUCCGCCGUGCUCGUCGCCUUGGAGGGCGUCAUGGUCGAAGAGAAAGGCAUACACGCGUUCAUCAAGAACGAGGGCUGGAAGAUCCUCUCGAAGGAUCUGUUUAGCAUCCUUCAGGCGGUUUCAACGGCAACGGCAUCGGCAUCGGCAUCGGCAUCGGCUGCAGACCACCUACGUCGCGAUAGUGAGGCCGUCCGAGGCCGGGAGAUCGUCCGCGUCCUCCUCGCCUUCGUUGAGUCUGAGGAACAUGGGACAGAAGAGGAUUGGAUGGGCGUCAUAACGGCUGUUGCUGCUUGGUCGCCUCCUGACGAUGCUUCGCUGCCCCUCGUCGUGCAGGAGUUUUUGGCCGCCGUGCUGCAGCUUGCCACGGCCCUGCUAGCUAAUGCUCACGACGGGGUGAGAAAACGAUAUGCAUAUUCGACCAGCGCCAUAGUCGGAAUUGCGACGCAGCUGCAGGAAGGUUUGGACGGCGAGGAGGGGAGGGAGGCGGGCGACGGCGGAGCAUUGAGGGAGUCGUUGGACGACGUUUUCGCGACGCUGGGGUCUUUGGACUAGGUUAUCACUUUGUAGGGGUCGUGGGAACUCAUGGUUGGGUACAAUGUGGCCGGUAAUCUGUAUUGUUGGGCAACCUUUGAAACCGAGGACGUAUCUGCCACCCACUACAUGGCGUGGGCAAAUUAUAAAGAUGGCCACCAUAGCUACACUGAGAAAUGUGCAUCUUCAGAACCAUGACUAGACUAUAAGGCCAUGGCGACAGUUAAGAGGUCUCUUCCA